AUGAGUUGGGGCUCGAAUCCGUCGGGCAUACCGGAACAGUUUGGCAUCAACGGGUCCGUCAGCUCCGGCCAGGCACGUCCGGGAGAUUGGCAAAUGCGAUCGGACCUCAACCCCUUCCAUCGGCCACCGGCAUCGACACCGUUCAUCCUCGGCGAGUGGGAGGCGACAAUACCCCAUCGCUCGGGCGGCGCCUAUCAUCUCAGGGUGGACGGCCGCGGCGGGCUUGCGCUUCGGAACCCGCUCGGUGGCUCGGUCAUGGCCUACGCGAACCGGAUGGGUGACAUGCAGACUACCAACUGGAACGGAUAUGGAGGCAUGGUGACCGCCAGCGCGAACCGGGCCGGGGCGCUUCGGCUGACGGGCACCACCCCCUAUGGCUCGGCGUCCGCGGAAAUGAACACCUUCUCCGGCUCCUAUAGUGUCAACGCGCGCGGCUUCUGUGACCGCCAGUGGGUGAUGGGCGCGGCCGGCGGCUUCGGCUUCUCAUCGCCCGGUACAGGCGGUCCCUCCUGCUUCGGUGCGCCCAAUACCAAUGGCUUCUUGCUGCAGUCGAGCAGCACAGCCGCCUCCUCCGGUUCCGGGGAACCAGAGGAGGUGGUGCGUCGCGAGUUUAGCCGACUUUCGUUGCAAGAGCAGCCUCAACAUGGGCCCUCCUUGCUUGGCUGGGAUUAA